AGAGAGAAAAUAUAGAGAGCGAAAGUGAAUGUUAAGAAAGAUUUUGUGUGAAGUUGUGUAUGUGAGAGUGAGAGUGUGAGUGAGAGUGAAGUGAACACAUCCCAAGUUUUUUAAGCUCUCUCCUCACUCUGUGCUAAUCUGCGCAGGUCUGCUAUUUUUCUAGAGAUUUUAAUAAAAUUAUUAUUAAAUUUUUUACCAAAUGAGAUUUAUAUGAGUGUCAACUCUGUACGUAAAUAUUUUAUGAAGAAAUUGAUAAUUUAUAUUUUAUGAAGAAAUUGAUAAUUUUAUUGAUGUUAUAGAUUUUUAUUUUGUUUUGUUUUAUUUUGUUUUAUUUUUUUUUUCGGCUUCAGAAGAAGAUGUCAUGAUAGCCUUUCAUUUCACCACCACCGCCACCACCACAUCUCCUUCUUUCUCUGUUCUUCUCUCUCUUUACAAACUUUCUCUCUCUAAAGCUUUAGUCUUGUCUAGUCAUGGCGGAAGAGGGUUUUGAACCUUACCAUGUCCCACAACAAAGCAGAAGAGACAAGCUCAGAGUGCUAGCCCAAAACAACCUCCAAGGGUGCGCAGGUUUACUCCCUCUCUACGAUCCCUCCCACAUCACCUCUGCCGAUUUGCUAACCUGCGCCACCCUCCACCACCAGCACCACCACCAUAACAACUCACUUCUCAGCAGGUCAAGCAGCCCCAACCAAACCUCUUCAAAUUGUGAUGUGAUUAAAGAAGAGGGUGUGAAUUUGAUGGGUUAUGUAUCAUCUUCAACUUCACAACAUCUAUAUAUGGAUCCACAGUCGUCUAUCCAUUUAAACCCUAGCUCGAUCCAAGAUAUUAACAACAACCCAUUUCUCUUCAGCCCUCAAAACUUCAGGGUCUUCGAUCAAUCCUUUAAUGGAGGUGAUGUUGUGGUGUAUAAGCCAGAGGCUAAUAAUAUUAAUAACCCCAAUGGACAAGGAUUGUCUUUGUCUCUGUCUUCUCAUCACACCCACCAAACCAGUCUUCCCUUGGAGCUGAAUCUACAAAGAUAUGAGUCUUCAAUUUUCAACAAUAAGGUUGCUGGCAGUGGGUAUGUUGUUCCGGCCACCGUUGGCGGCGGCGGUGGCGCUGGUGGUGGUGGUGGUUCAGCUUCAAAUGAUUUGUCGAGGAGUUCGGUUCCUCUCGGGCCUUUUACGGGUUAUGCUUCGAUUUUAAAGGGUUCGAGGUUCUUGAAGCCUGCACAGCAGUUGUUGGAGGAGCUUUGUGAUGUGGGUAGAGGAAUUUAUGCAGAAAAGAUCACGGCGGUGGAGUCGAGUCUGAUGGAUCCUCCAAUGGAAAAUUUGGGUGGAUGUGGAAUUGCGGAUGAGUCGCCUAGCGGCGGGGACGGCGGCGAGCAGCGGAGAAAGAAGUCUAGGCUGAUCUUGAUGCUUGAUGAGGUUUACAGGAGGUACAAGUAUUACUACCAACAGAUGCAGACAGUUGUAGCAUCAUUUGAAUCUGUUGCUGGGCUCAGCAAUGCUGCUCCAUAUGCAAACUUGGCCCUAAAAGCAAUGUCAAAACACUUCAGAAGCUUGAAGAAUGCAAUCACUGACCAGCUGCGAUUCACAGGGAAAGCUCAAAACUACCGGAAAGAUGAAACUCUGAGCUUUGGAAACUCUGAAAUUCUUUAUAGCCAUAGACCAGUUCACAACUCUGGAUUUCUUGAACAUCAACCUGUUUGGCGACCCCAACGAGGACUUCCUGAGCGUGCCGUAACUGUGCUGAGGGCAUGGUUGUUUGAACACUUCUUGCAUCCUUAUCCUACUGAUACAGACAAGCUAAUGUUAGCUAAACAGACUGGUCUUUCACGAAGCCAGGUUUCCAAUUGGUUCAUCAACGCAAGGGUGAGACUUUGGAAGCCUAUGGUGGAAGAAAUACACAUGCUCGAAACACGGCAAGGUCAAAAAACUUUGCAAAGGGAGGAACAACAAAAUACUGAUGGGCCAAAUGAUCACUUGCCUACAGCCACCUCACUUGCUUCUGAAAAUCCAUCCACAUCCACCAAGCGGGCCCAAGACCUUCCGUCUAAACGCACUAGAAAUGAAUUUCCCGAUAUAUACAUGGGGACUGAAGAGCCAGUGAAUUUAUCGUAUGAAAAUUUGUCACGUCAUCAACAAAUGGGCGUUGGUGUAAACACUGCAAGUGGAAGUGGGGGUGUUUCUUUAACACUAGGACUGCAUCAGAAUAAUGGUAUUGGUUUAUCGGAGCCCUUUCCAGUUAACGCAGCUCGUCGUUUCGGUCUUGAAGCGAACACUGAGGGGUAUGUAAUGGGUAGUUUUGAAGCACAGAAUCGGCAAUUUGGAAGAGAUAUGAUUGGUGGGCAACUUUUGCAUGAUUUUGUUGGCUGAAUGAUAUAUUUUGGGAAAGAUCUCUAUUGGAUGUGUGCUUUUUAUCGACUGCCCAAACCAAGCUACACAAGUAAAUGCUUUGUUGCACUGUGGUGGCAUAAUAUAUAUGUCCCCCAUGGACGCAAUUGUAAAAAUACAAAUCCAUGUGAUAUCAUCCCCCCUAGAUGUGUAUACAAGUGAAAUUAUUGUUGUAAGGAAAAUGCAGGUGAGCUUUAUUUAUCUUUGGUAAAUGAUAUACCUUGGUGGAUAUGGAGCGACCAUUCAAUUUAUGAAUGAAAAUUAUUCCAGCAGCAUGCCUUCCAUUGUAAA